UGACCUUGUCCUCUUCCUCCUCCCUUUCCUCUUUUUUACUUUGUUUAUUGAUAUCUCAAAAAUGCCUGUAGCCAUCGCAAUCUGGCACGUCGCCCUCGAGCCCGGCAAACCCAAAACCGUCAUCCCACAAGCCGACAUCAACAUCAAAUUCGCCGCCUUCGGCGACGUCCUCGCCGCAUCGGGCGCGUCCGGCCGCUCCUCCGUCAAGUUCACGUACACCACGCCUGCCGCCGUCGACUCCGACGACGAGGCGGAUGAGGACGAGGACGACGAUGAGGAGGGCGGCAUGACCGGCAAGCCCGCGACGACGUUCCUCUGUGCGCUCACGCCUGGGACGUGCGAGACGCAGGUGUUUGAUCUCGUGUUGGAGCGGGACGAGGAGUAUAUCUUCGAGGUCGUUGGCAAGAACACGGUCUACCUCAACGGGAACUACGUUGACCAGGUUCCGCCCGACCAGCCCCCCUUUGACGAAGAAGAGGAAUACUCCGAUGAGGAGGCCGCGUUCAACCUCGAAGACGUCUCCUCCGACGUCGAAUACGCCGCUGACGACCUCGAGGAGGAGGAUGAAGACGCAGACCGCUUCGAAGAAAUCGCCGACUCCCCAAAACAGUCCACCAAGAAGCUCAAGCGCGCGCGCGAGGAGGCGAUGGACGAGGACGAGGCGCCCGAACUUGUCCCCGCCGACGGCGCGAAGCUGAGCAAGACGCAGCAGAAGAAGGCGAAGAAGCUCAAGGCCGAGGGCGGGAAGGCUGUCGCCGUCGAGGCCACCACGACCACGACCAAGACCGAGACCGCGCCCAAGGACAAGGUGGCGGACAAGAAGGAUGAGAAGAAGGAGAAGAAGGAGAAGAAAGACAAGAAGGGCAAGGACAAGGCCGAUGAGAAAGAGAAAGAUAAGAAGGACAAGAAGGACGACGCGAAGGCCCCCGAGUCGAAGACGCUCCCCGGCGGGCUCAUCGUCAAGGACUACAAGGUCGGGACGGGCAAGCAGGCCAAGACGGGCUCGCGCGUGUCGAUGCGCUACAUCGGCAAGCUCACGAACGGCAAAGAGUUCGACAAGAACGUCAAGGGCUCACCCUUCUCGUUCAAGCUCGGCGUGGGCGAGGUCAUCAAGGGCUGGGACCAGGGUCUGAUCGGCGUGCAGGUCGGCGGCGAGCGCGAGCUGACUAUUCCGCCUGCGCUUGCGUACGGCAAGCAGAAGCUGCCCGGUAUCCCACCUAACUCGACGCUCAAGUUCGAGGUGAAGUGUCUUUCCAUCAGCUAAGUGCGUUCGACGUCGACUGCGUGUGCGCGAUGUACAUUGGCGGACUGCGUUGGCUGGCAAAAAAAACGCUCGAAAACGAAAACAAAACGUCAAAACGUCAAAAGUGACCCCCAAGAACCCGAUUCGCUGGAUCUAUCUUUGGUUACAUAUCCCCCUACUUUUCCUGUACGUACAGCGCGCUGUGAUCGUAUUGACGGC